GGCGGUGUCUUGCCUCGCGCAUACACAGCGAAUUAUUCAUGCAGAUUGGGCGAGACUUAUGUCCGGUCAUGGCGUGCAGCAGUUGUCGCUGGUGAAGAGACACGACCGCCAAUAGGGACCACGCGUGUAUUUGCAGACUUUUUUGAGAUGGAACGUUGCAUCGUGUCCCAUGGACAUUGGAUUGCACCCCCAGCAACUCUUGAGUACAGCGCACUGAUUCUCCAGAAAGCUGUUCAGAGGCGGAGCAAUCGAGGUAGGGCGUUGAAUUAUAUGGAGUAAGAGGCGAUGUGCACAGAAAAUGUGCAUUCAGCUUGAACUUUCCAAAUGGCGAAUGAGCUGAGCCAAGAGCAUUAUGUAGCACAAUCAAAUGUUUUCAUUACAUUCAUAUUGUAACCCGCAACUUAAGCUGAUUAGGGCGACCAAUGUAACCAAUACUGGUGCUACAGAGCAACUACGGCAACCCAACCCUAGUUCUCAGCUACUGCAAACAUCGAUAUGCCAGUUUUCCAUCGAAACUCUGCCUCCUGAGCAGAUAACAUGGGAGUUUCCUCAAUGUAAGUCUUGCAGCCGUUAUGAAGGAAGCGGAAGAGCCCCCCUGCUGUGUACUGUACAACUGAGAAGCGCUUCUCACCUGGGCCAAUAGGUGUGUUAGAGUGACGGAGAAUAGCAGAGGGCAAAAGGAUUGUUGAACCUGGCGGGAACCGUAUAAGAAGGCGAAGGUCCCACAGGAUCAAGUGUCCACCGCUAUUGCAGUCAAACUUCCCAAGGGCUGUGACAGCACACCAGCCCCAUGCCAGGUUCGCAAAAUCGAGAUGUGGCCGAGUGGCUGUGAAUGGGCCAAGGUUAAAUGUACAGGCUGCGAAAACGCUUCCAACAAAGUUCCAAGCCAACCACGGCCCCCAUGCUUGCAGCGAGCGCAUCUCACUACAGUAGAAGAGCCAGAGCAUGGGUGCAAAAGUUUGGAACAGGCCUUUCGUGAAGCCUGCAAUGCGCUUGAUGUGUGGGCUUUGGAGAAGGCGCUCAGCAGCAGCGGUGUUACUUGGUGAGUUGGCAAGGUUGCCUGGUUGACGCUGUCCACCUCCAAAAGAUAUGCCGGUGUGAAGAGCUGCAUAUCCUUUUGAUGUGGCCCGGCGAUGGUGUAUGUCGCCAUGCGUAAAAACGCAAGUGGCUGCUUCCCGCUCAAUAUCUUCGGCAGCAAGCUCCAUUGCUUGGGUGUAUCCACUAGCAUCCCUCGGCAUGCCUCCAAGCAGGGCAAUAACGCGUCGGUGGCUGUCCAAGAUCCGGAUACUGACCCUUCCACCCCAGUUGACAUAUGAGAAGCCCGGUUCACCAACGAGGCCGUCAAUCUCUGCCUGAGUAGGCGCAGCCUCGUUCUCAGCCAUGCCCGACAAACCCGUGGGCUGCGUUACCGCAGCCGGCUUGCUUGGUAGCGGCGGCUGCAGGUGCUCGCUUCGCCCAAUCCAGCUAGGGCCGGAGCGUGGAAGCGCAGCAGCAUUGAGAUCAACCUGAAUGUCGCGCCUGACAGCGUCUUCGCUGCGCUUGACAUACACACCUUUGCCAGCCAUCUCUCCUGCCUCCUGCUCUCGGCCCUGCCUUUUCCGUCGCUUGGACCCUUGCUUCCGCUUCUCCAUGCGAGGGAUUGAGGGUCGAGCGUAUGUGCUGUUUGCGGAAUCGCUUACAGGCGCCGCGGGGGGAUUGCCAUUGAUCACGGCGUCGAUUUGCGCAUCGCUUUGCGCGGCGACUGGGGGCGGUGACGCCGAUGCUGGCAGAGGGAGGGGGGGUCAGGUGAGUCGCUGAGAGGCGACUCGGGCCGCAGGUAAAGGUUAGCAGCGUCUUCGUCUGGUGCUGCUGCCUGCGCGUCCACCACUCUCUGCUGCAGCAGCUCGGAGAUGUCGAAAUGGAAGCUGGGGGAUAGGGAAGUCGGGCUGGCAACCAUGUCGAAUUCCGAAAAUUCACGCCCGGAACGCGUGUGGCGACCUUUCAUUGGAUGGUGAAGGGCGGUCGCGUUGGACAAUGGGGCCAAAAUUGAUGGCGGUAUACUUACGGUAAAGGGCGCGCGGAAAGCGGUUGCAAAUAGUGCUAGCCGGCUAUCUGGCGGAGCCCGCUGAUUCUCGUGAAUCAACCUCAGGAUGUUAAUCUCACGAUCCCAUCUAUUAAAACUUGCUAUUCCUCAUGUUGCCGAAUCCGGCUUUACUCGCACAACUUUAUCCCGGUCGGUGCUGCAUCUCCCGUCUCCUCACUCGGAGCCUCUAUCCGACUCUGCUGUUUCUUCUCUCUUUGGUUCCGGCAAUUCAGCUCAGAAGACUUUGAUCAACGCAUGGCUCGAGAAUGGUCUGGACAACAUGAAGACCGACAACCUCCCACCCCCUACUUUAAAAGAGGCUCUGCACACGAGGCUGUCCUAUAACGAGCCUGUUCUAGCACAUCUUCCCGAAGCGUUUGCUAUUCUUUGCGUCCCAGAAUCACGCAUGGCGUUCCCGCCCCUGGAUUCGGUGCCCGCGCUCAAGCAUGCAGCCCAUAUUGCCGACCAAGCCUGCUUCGUUUCCGGGCAAGGCCUGUCGAGGGAAUCCUGGUAUGCGAAACGCGCAUCCAUCAUGGGAAUCUACACUGCGGCAGAGUUGCAUCAACUCACUUCGCCGCGAACGGCUCACGUAUUUCUCGAUGAUCUGCUUGGGAGCUCGACAAAGAUUGGCCAGUCGGUCUCAGAUAUGAAGGAAUAUGCGGAUUACAUCUUCAGAAGCUGGGGAGGCCUUGCUCGGAGUCGCGGAUGGUAAACCCUGGAUAUGUACAUUGCGCUGUACGGUCUGCCAAUAUCUCAGGUCCGAAAGGUCCGACGUUCGGUUCGAAAAGUGGCUUUGUAUGAGAUCCUCAAAGUCGUCCUGAGUGUUCAAGGCGACAUGCGACGAGCGGGCGCUGUACGUCAAUGGUGAUGCGCUAGUUCGGCUUUCGGGGCCGAACAUUCGUUCGGAUCGGUGCGCCAUGGCUAUGCACACCACAACUCAAACUCGACUGUACACUAAGUACUUGCCAACGCGAUGGCACGACUCGCGUUACUCCUAAUACUUUCCUUCGUUGUCUUCACAUACGCGCACUCUGACGAUGAUCGGAAAUCUUCUGGACGCCUCAUGCCCGGGCCUGAGGUGCCCAUUCUUGCAUCCGAGGUCGACGACUGUCUCCCUGUGUGGCGUCUCAGUAUGAUCAAGAAAACCCUAGAAGCCGAGGCGUCUCCAGUGAUGCGCACCGUCUUCAACUACUUGUUUCCUUUUGGGCCCGCGUGGAACUCGAUUUUAGGCACAUUUUACAUUUCAUCAGUACCCAACUUCAUCCUCGCGUUCAUUCCGGCGAAGAUCAACGCAAACACGUUGAACACUAUGACCGCAUUUGCGACGGGUGGCCUGCUGUCGGACGUUUUCCUGCACCUCGUCCCGCAUUCCUUUAUGGGUGAACGCCAGGGGGAUGGCGCACAUUUCGUUCUGGUCGAAGAGAAACGGAACAUCCUGAUUGGGCUAGGGAUAUUCGUCGGCUUUGCAUCGUUCUUUGUCAUGGAGAAGACACUCCGUGUGCUUGCCGGGGACGAAGAUGGAAGCGGGGGGCACGGGCAUAGUCAUGGCGGAGAAUCGAGUGCAUUAAGCUCUGGGGUGGAGAAAACAUCGCCCAACGAAUCGGAAGUGCGGUCUCGCAAGUCCAGCGGCAAGCCGGAGCCGGAAGAGGCCAGUGGAUCCGCCAAGGCCGGAGGAGGGCCAUCGAAGAUGUCGGCGUACCUCAAUCUAUUUGGAGAUUUUGUCCACAACAUCACGGACGGUCUGGCCAUGGCUGCGUCGUUCUAUGCCUCUCCACUCAUAGGAGCGACGACCACUCUUGCCUGCUUUGCUCACGAGAUCCCACACGAAAUUGCGGACUAUUCUAUCCUCAUCCGCAGUGGUUUCACGAAGCGGCAAGCCAUGCAGUCGCAAUUCUUGACUGCGAUCGGAGCAUUCGUCGGGACGUUCAUUGGCAUCGCUGUUCAUACGGCCACUGCUAGCGAUAAUGCCGCAGGCCCGGCAUCUCUCGACCUUGCUGCAGCAGUGCGGCAGAAAUCGGACGGGCUGCUGGGGACGACGGCACAAAUAUCGGAUCUGGUCAUCCCUUUUGUCGCUGGCGGAUUCAUGUACAUUGGCGCCGUCGCAGUGUUACCGACAUUGCUUGCAGAGAGUAAAAGCGCGGCUCAGGCGUUGCGGGAGUUUUUGGCCAUGGCCGUGGGUGUCCUAUGCAUGCUACUGGUGGCGUGGAACGAGUAGAACCAGAAGCCAUCGGCGAGAUAGAAUAUCAGAUUGAUUUUUUGGCAACGAGGUGAUGCACACGACUGCCACUUCCCAAAUUCAACCCGAUCCGGGGCGCUGUCACUCGGUCUGAGUAGCUCCACGAGGAGAUUCGGCACAGGACUGGCUGCACGUCUUCUGGGCCCAUUACCGAUAACGAACCGGCCGUUCAUCGGGGUGGUCUCGACCUCAACGAUAUUGCACUUCAAUCGCCCCAAGUUCAUGUCCUCCAAGGCUUAAAGUCUCGUACCGGUUCACGUUUGUAGCUUGACAAAACUGGCUCAAAGUAACGGAUUCCUUCCGUUCUCAUCUCAAAAUCACGUGAUCUGCGUUGAUCCGGUCCGUCCAGACCGGCAAGACUGCCGAGACACGUUCGUCGCAUGCCAAAUUGAGCCGUUGACGUCGAGGCGAACGGAUUUUUUCUCCCUACCUUUGACCUGCACAAGACCACCGCGGCCUCGCGUACGUGCCUACCCUGCAACCCAGUAUAUAUAUCAACGUCCAAACUACAGGAUCCGCAGGCCCCUGCCUCGAACUCUCUCUCCAAAACGUCCUCCGCCUGUUCGCCACAGACCGGGCGCCAGUUGCGCUCGUCACCAGCCCACCUAGCUGAUGCACGCUUUGUAAACGCUACCCACGCCCCCGCCCACUUCUUGUCUUUCCCAAUCAUGGGUACAAAAGGCCGUUCCAGUCCCCGCAUCGUCUGCUGCGCCAUCCCCAUUGCCCGUUCCGCCGCCCAGGUCCUCUUAAUUACCAGCCGCAAGCGUCCAGAUAACUGGGUCUGUGAGUGGCGCGUGCCCGUCCGGUUCCGAGUCUCGGCUGAUCGACUAUUCUGCUGCCCCUUACCGCAGUGCCCAAAGGCGGCUGGGAAGCGUCUGAUGUUCGACUAGAGAAUGCGGCGUCUCGGGAAGCAUUGGAAGAAGGUCUUACCCUCUCUACCUCUCUCUGCGGCGUCUGACGACCCCGUAGCGGGCGUACGCGGGACGAUCACGCGCUACGUCACCACGCAGCAUAGUCCGUCCGCCACGUACCAUUUCUACGAGCUGGACGUCACCAGUCUAGAUGCGGACUGGCUCGAGAGCGGCGAACGGCAACGAGAGUGGGUCGACUACGCCGAGGCCGUCCGGCGCCUGGAAUGGAAAGCGGAGCUUGCUAACGGCUUUCGACUGUCGUCUCUCGCUCCCCAGCGGUGACCGAGGUCGGUCUGAGGCGGCGUUGCGGAUCUAUGCGAACAGAAGACGACGGGGUGGGCACUUGCUCUUCUCACACGACCCGGUUCCUCCGUCCGCGAUAACGCACUGUCAAUGACCAUGGGCUUGCCCCGCCCAGCGCCCGGCUCGGAACUUUUGAUCCUACCUUACGAUCCGUUUAAACCAUACCCCUCGUGGCAUCGAUCGCAUUCUUUCCCCAUCUCUCGUAUACACGGAUGUGUCGUAUCUGCACUGAUACAGUUCAUCGUGCGCAUGUCCCGGUCGCUUUCUUAUCCUACAAGUUGACAUCUAGAGUAGUAGUAUAUCAUCCUAUUUAGUAGCUGUUUCGGAUGACCAUUCAAGACCCCAAGUUGUAGCAUACACAUUUAAGUAGCCGUUCCAUAAAAUAGAGCUAUUCAAGAUACCCA